AUGGCCGCGAAGUCGGACGGCGGCGGCGGCGGCCCGGCCGUGCUGCUGGAGAGCCCCGAGGGCGGCGGCGGGCGGCGGGAGGCGGGCGCGGAGCCGCCGGCGCGGCGGUACCGGCUGCGGGACGGCUGCUGGGUGUUCUGCGCGCUCCUCGUCUGCUUCGCGGACGGUGCCUCGGACCUGUGGCUGGCGGCCCAUUACUACGUGCGGGGGCAGCGCUGGUGGUUCGGGCUGACGCUGCUGUUCGUGCUGCUGCCCUCGCUCGUGGUGCAGAUGCUCAGCCUCAGGUGGUUCGUGUACGACUUCGCCGCCAGCACCAAGGACAGCGGCGGCGGCACCAAGGACAGCGGCCCCCGCGGCUGCUGCCGCCUCUGCGUCUGGCUGCUGCAGGGCCUGAUCCACCUGCUGCAGCUGGGGCAGGUCUGGAGGUACCUCCGCACGCUGUACCUGGGGCUGCAGAGCCGGUGGCAGGCCGAGCACCGGCGCCGCCACUUCUACUGGCGGAUGAUGUUCGAGAGCGCCGACAUCAGCAUGCUGCGGCUGCUCGAGGCCUUCCUCAAGAGCGCGCCCCAGCUCGUGCUGCAGCUCAGCAUCAUGGUGCAGCAGAACAGCAUCGAGCCGCUGCAGGGACUCUCAGCCUCGGCCUCGCUGGUCUCGCUGGCCUGGAUGAUCGCGUCCUACCAGAAGGUGCUGCGGGACUCGCGGGAGGACAAGAUGCCCAUGUCCUACAAGGGCGCCGUGGUGCAGAUCCUCUGGCACCUCUUCACCAUCGCCGCUCGUGCCAUCGCCUUCGCCCUCUUCGCCUCCGUGUUCCAGCUCUACUUCGGCAUCUUCAUCGUCACCCACUGGUGCAUCAUGACCUUCUGGAUCAUCCAGGGCGAGACGGAUUUCUGCAUGUCCAAGUGGGAGGAGAUCAUCUACAACAUGGUGGUGGGCAUCAUCUACAUCUUCUGCUGGUUCAACGUCAAGGAGGGUCGGAGCCGCUACCGCAUGUGCAUCUACUACGUCAUCACGCUGUCGGAGAACGCCGCCCUCACCAUCCUCUGGUUCCUCUACUACGACCGCAAGGUCACCUCCGACUUCAACGCCUUAAUCCUCGUCUGCGUGGUCAGCUCCAGCUUCGCCCUCGGCAUCUUCUUCAUGUUCAUCUACUACUGCCUCUUGCACCCCAACGGCCCCAUCUUCAGCCACCGCUCCGUGGGCUGCAUCUUCCGGCAGGAGCCGCCCCCGGUGGUGCCGGGGUCCCCCGUGGAAGCCGUCACCAGCCCCCCGCGCUCGCUGCCGCGGACUACAGGGGGCGAGCGGGACGGGGCGCCGGGCGAGCGGGACAGCUGCGUGCCCGUCUUCCAGGUGAGACCCUGCGCCCCGCCGGCGCCGGCCGCCCGCGCCCCGCGGACAGAGGGGCCCGUCAUCCGCAUUGACCUGCCCAGGAAGAAGUACCCGGCCUGGGAUGCCCACUUCAUCGACCGGCGCCUGCGGAAGACCAUCCUGGCGCUGGAGUACGCGUCGCCCACCACCCCCCGCCUGCAGUACCGCACCCCCGGCGCCCCGCAGGAGGUGCUGGAGUACGAGACCACCGUGUAGGUUGAGGGGCGUGAGGCUGCGGCGGGAGCGCCGGUGCCACCCGGGCCACCCUGUGUCUCCACAGCUGUUUGCCUUCUUUCGGGUUCGCCGGCGCUGCCGUGUCGCCGUGCCAAGCAUCUCGUGGGCCGUGGCCGGGGAGGUCUCUUGGUGCUAUCCCCUCCCCGCGCUGCCUUCCCGCAGCCCAGACCCGUCCCACCCGACGGCGGCCGCCCCCACGCCCUCCAGGGCUCGUCCUUGCCAAAAUACCUCACCGGUGCCUGAGCCCAGGCGGUGGGUGCUGUGGCCCAUAUCAGUGGUGCAGGAUGGGGAC